AUGGACGACCUCUCGGGCCUCGACUGGUCGGCUGGCAGCUCGGCCACCAACAAGAGCAGCGCCAAGCCAACGAUAGCGGCCUCGUCAGCUGCCUUCUCGACCGGCGCUUUCCAGUCGUACCCGCCACUUCGACCCGCGCCAUCGCCUCUCGCGUCCGGCCGGAACACCCCCCUUUCUUCACAAACAUCGGGCAUUGCUGCUGGAGCGGCCGCGCCCAAGCCGACGGCCGUUGCGAAACCGGCACAGGACAGCUUCAGCAACCUGAUCAGUUUUGGGUCUGCCAAGAACCCCGCCAACCUCAGCCUCCGUGAGCGGCAGGAGCUGCUGGAAACCGAGCGGCGCAAGAAGGAGGAAGAGAGGAGGAAGCAGCACGAGGCAAACUAUGGAAAUGGGCAGUUUUUCGAUGUCUUGGCUCGUGGAUCAGCUGGUGGCGCGUCGAGAACGGCGUCGCCCGCAGCAGACACAGACGCCGAUCUCUUUGCCGCAUUCAACGCCAAUACCAAGGUCGACAACUCGAGCCAUUUUCCUCCUGUAGGAGAAGCAUCUCGCAAGUCGACACCAGCUGCCGCAGCAGUUUCUCCGCCCCCUGGCCUGGACCUCAGUAAUCCCAACGCUUGGAACACGAACGCGCCAGGGGGCAGUGUCAGUGCUGCAAACGAUGACGAUGAUCCCUUCGGGCUGAACCAGCUACAGUCUCGCCCGGUUGGCCGUCCUGCUGUUCCUCCAACGUCUACCGGCAAUGUCACAGGCGAUGGGGACGACGACGACUUUCUGGGCGACUUGGGUCGGCCGGUGGAGGAAGUUCGGCGCAAGGCAGAGUUGCAACAGAAGCGCCAUCCCCAUUCGGAGCCGGGGAAGCCCAUUGAGGAUUCGAGCUCCGACUCUGACGCGGUAGCACCGAGCGGUGACGAUGGUCCAAGAAAGACGGGCAACGUGGCAUUCGACAACGCCGUCGCACAGCUCGUGGACUAUGGAUUCACUUCGGAAAACGCCAUGAGGGGACUGACCGAGAGCGGCGCCGGACUGAACGUGCAGGCAGCCGUCAAUUGGCUGCUGGACGAUGCGCAUCGGCAGGCGAAAGAGCAGGCGAGGGCGAAGCAACGUGGCGGCGGCGGCGGCAGCAGCGACCAUCCAAGAGCGUCAGACGAAGGUCGGCCUGGAGGCCGAGGCCGCCAGACUGGCCCAGCCUGGAUGAGAGAGGACGACGAGGAGGCAGCACGCCGGAGAGGCAGCCGGUCGCCUGCGGUGCUGGGCGACGGCGACCUUGCCAAGACGGCAGCGGCCAUCGGAACAAACUUUCUCAAGACGGCCAACUCGCUGUGGAAGACAGGACAGAAGCGAAUGCAGCAGGCCGUGCAGGAGUUCCAGCAGGAAGUAGAUCCGAGCCAGCCGAGAUGGAUGCGCCACGACGACAUGGGCACGCCAGCGCCGCCAGCUGACCACAGCAACGCACAAAGAAGGGGGCCUGCUGCGCUGCCGACGGCCGCCGCUCCGGCAGCGGCAAUAGCGGCGACAGAUGAAGCCAUCCUGCUGGAGAUGGGCGCCCGGCCAGAGCGCAAGCAGCCACACAGUCGGCCUGCGCCGCCAGCAGAGCCUAGAUUCAGGGAAGGCAGCCAGACCUCAUCGCGCACACAGUCUCCAGCUGCUGCUGGCCUGAGCUCUGGCUCAACCAGGCGCGGAAGCCCUGCUCCACGAUGGCAACAAGGCAGCGGUAGUGGUGGCGGCGACCCGCGAUCACGGCUGACUAAGCAGGCUAUUGAGGAGGAAAGCGCGCAGGUGUACGUCAGUUCGCGGCGGCGAAGAACCCCGGGCACACCGGUAGGAGCGGCAGGAGCAGCAGGUACGCCACCGCCACAGCGAACAGAACAGGCGCAGGUGCAAGCUACGGUGCAAGAGCCGCCCGAAGCAGACCUGCUCUCAAACUCUACGGCACUGCCACCGCGGCCGGCGCAGACUCAAAGUCUCGGCAGCAGCAACGGCAGCAGUGCCAAGACUUCGUCGCGGCCAACACCGACACCGCGACCGGUACAAUCAGUCCGAACAGUCCGCCCAGCCCGCCAGGUGCCAGUGAUCAACGGGUUGGUGCUCAAGGCAUCGUCCCAGCACCGGUCAGCGGGAGCGGCGCACUUUAAGCGCGGCGAUUAUGCGGCAGCACACGCGUCAUACACGGCGUCACUGGUGGACAUCCCGCGGACGCACCCGCUGCUGGCGGUGUUGUACUGCAACCGGGCACUGACGGCGCUGAAGACGGGCGAGCCGCGACAGGCGGUGGCCGACGCGGACGCAGCGCUGGCGGUGAUUGGGCCGGGUAAGGGCGAGGGUGAGUCAGUAGCGCUGGAGGAUGGCACGGGCGAAAUGCGCGAUCUGCGAGACCUAUACGGCAAGGCGAUGACGCGCAAGGCCGAGGCGCUGGAGCAGAUGGAAAAGUGGGCAGACGCGGCCGUCGUGUGGCAGCAGUGCGUGGAGGACGGCGUGGGCGGUCCGACGGCGAUUGCCGGCCGGCAGCGAUCCUCGGCCCCUACUGGCUACGACUCCGAGGCCGUGCAGCGGCUGCGGCAGGCUAACAAGGCGGCCGAACGCGAAGACGCAGACAAGCUGGCACUGACAGACCAGGUAGACGCGCGGGUGGCCCGCUGGCGGGACGGCAAAAAGGACAACCUGCGGGCGCUGCUGGGCAGCAUGGACGCGGUGCUGUGGGAGGGCAGCGGGUGGAACAAGGUCGGCCUGCAUGAGCUGGUGAUGCCGAACAAGGUCAAGAUUGCGUACAUGCGGGCGAUUGCCAAGACGCAUCCGGAUAAGCUCCCCCAGGACGCGUCGACGGAGGUCCGCAUGAUUGCCGGGACGGUCUUCAGCACCCUCAACGAGAGCUGGGACAAGUUCAAGGCGGACAACAAGAUGUAG